AUGGCGAAAGCCCCAGUUCAUCCUCGCGGAUGGAGAACUAAGCGCUAUAUCCUCGCCGCCCUCAUGGUAACCCUUGCCGUGACCGCCGUCGUCAUCGCCGUCUCCGCGGUCCUCAGACCCGCGAGGAUUGUCUUCUCCGUCACUGGCGCCGUCGCCGGCAAGCUCGACCGUAAAAGCAAGACGAGGCAGCUGAACCUCACCCUCUCCGCCAACAACACCAGCCACCGUGCCGGGGUGAAGUACAGCAGCGUCAUCGUGUACCUGCAGUUCAAGUCCAACGGCACGGAGUACAAACUGGGGGCCGGGCCCGCAUCGCCGCCCUGGCACUGGCAGCCGCCGGGGGCUACGGUGAGCAUGAGCCAGUCGGGUACCCUGUUCGGCACGGCCUUAGACAUAGGCCCCUCCGGCAGGGCUCCGGCGAUCGGCGUGCUGGUGCUGGCCGUGGUGAAGUACAGGGUCGGGCCGGCUGCCUACACGAGGCCUUACGACGUCAGAAAGCUGGGUGGGGGCGGCGCCGUCGCCGGCUUGCUGCAGUGGGGUGGCAGCGGCUUUGCGGGCCUGAGAUGGGCCCGGCCGGGCCUGGGUGGCCUGGUGUGCCACUGCGGCCGCGUCCGGUUGGCACCUGCGACAAUGCUGGAGGCAGAGGCCUCCCGCACGAUGGUGGAGGAGGUGGUUCCCUUCGACGCGGCUCAAGUGAUGCCCCUCCCAAUUUCUGGCGCUCCUCUCUCCAUCCUCUAG